UGGGGGGCGAAAGGGGGGCGGAAAAAAAGAAAGAGAAACGACACUCUUUGAUUCCAACUGCAGGCUUUGGCUGGUCCGAGGCUUCAGCUGUGAGACACUGAGGAGACUGAGCCCUCUCUCUGUGGGGUUGUGGUGUGACGUAGGACUCCAACCAGCCAGCCAAGAUGUCCAAGAGUGACCCACGGGACAUUGAUGAGGAUGCCAUCCUCAAAGGGCUCAGCCCUGAGGAGAUCGAUCAGCUCGAGUAUGAGCUGCAGGAGAUGGACCCAGAGAAUGCCAUGCUCCCCGCCGGUUUCCGUCAGCGUGACCAGACCAAGAAGACUGCGACGGGCGCGUUCGACCGGGACGCUCUGCUGGACCACCUGGAGAAGGAGGCCCUGGAGCACCCAGACCGAGACGACCUGGUGCCCUUUACCGGAGAGAAGAAAGGGACGGCUUUUGUUCCUAAGGCAGGAGCGGGAAAGAUCCCAGACAGCGAGCAGAUCACCCUGGAGCCCGAGCUGGAGGAGGCUCUGAGGAACGCCUCCGAUGCUGAGAUGUGUGACAUUGCAGCUAUUUUGGGCAUGUACACACUGAUGAGUAACAAACAGUACUACGAUGCCCUUGGCGGAGUGGGCACUAUUGUCAACACAGAAGGCAUCAACAGUGUGGUGAAGCCAGAUGAGUUCAAGAUCUUCCCGGAGGAGCCCCCAAACACCACCAAUGUUGAGGAUACUCUGUCAAGAAUUCAGAAGAACGACAGCGGUCUGGAUGACGUCAAUUUGAACAACAUACCGGACAUUCCCAUCCCAACGCUGAAAGGAGUUUUUGAUGCCAUGAAGUCCAACACUCAUGUCCAGUACCUGAGCAUUGCUGCUACCCGUAGCAAUGACCCUGUUGCACUUGCCAUAGCUGAGAUGCUUAAAGUUAAUAAACAAUUAAUAAGUCUUAACAUCGAGUCCAAUUUCAUCACCAAUGAGGGCAUGAUGGCCAUUGUCAAAGCCAUGGCCUCAAACAGCACACUCGCCGAAUUAAAGAUUGACAACCAGAGGCAGAAACUGGGUGACUCAGUGGAGAUGGAAAUCGCCACCAUGCUGGAGAACAACAACAGCAUUGUCAAGUUUGGAUACCAUUUCACCCAACAAGGCCCCCGCGCCCGAGCAGGGAUAGCCAUCACCAGGAACAAUGACUUCAUUCGUCAACAGAGAGUAGGAUGAGGGAAGCAGAAGUCGUCUCCUCCCAGCGGCCAUGUUGAAAAUGUCUCUGAGGCGUCCUGCUGACACCACGGCAGCUGGCCAUCUCCCCCAACGGACCCGGUGGCUUGCAAAGGACCUUCCCGUGUUACCUGGCUGGGUAGCUCACUGUGAAAAUGCCAUCUCUGUGAAAAUCAAUACCAUCAUCAUGCUUUGCUGUUUGUUGCCCUUUGGGUUUGAUGAAGCCGGCUGUGUGGAUGCAAUAAAGUCCCUGAGGUCGUCAUGCUGUGAGAGGAACAUCAUGCAUAUUACCCAUGUAGAAACGACAGAGGAAGUGUUUGUUGUAGGUCAAAUCAUUUCACUCAUCCAUGCCAAUUUUUCAGUAUGGUGCUUCUAACAAACGUUCUUGUAAAUACUUUAAAUAAAAGACGCUUUUAAGUUUUGUAUUCCCA